CACCAUGGCCAGAAUGAUGUUUCUUCUUGCUCUCCUCACUUAUGGCUCAGGGGUGAAUUCUCAGACUGUGGUGACCCAGGAGCCAUCAUUGUCGGUUUCUCCAGGAGGGACAGUAACACUCACCUGUGGCCUUAAUUCUGGAUCAGUGUCUACAAGUAACUACCCUAGCUGGUAUCAGCAGAUCCCAGGCCAAGCUCCCUACACACUUAUCUAUAACACAAACAUGCCAUCUGGGGUCCCUGAUUGCUUCUCUGGUGCCACCACAGGGAAUAAAGCCUCCCUCACCAUCACUGGGGCUAAGAUGGAGGAUGAUGCUGAUUAUUACUGUGCACUGGAUAUAGGAAGUUACAUUUACUCUACUUUUAUCAUGGCCUGGUCCUCUGUUCUCAUUGCUCUCCUUACGUACUGCACAGCCUCUUGGGCACAGUCUGUACUGACCCAAACACCCUCAGUGUCUGGUAACCUUGGACAGAGUGUCUCCAUCUCAUGCACUGGAAGUAGCAGCAACAUUGGUGGCUAUAAUGUGCACUGGUACCAACAGCUCCCAGGAACAUCUCCUAAACUCAUCAUCUAUGAGGAUAGCAAGAGAUCCUCUGGGGUCCCUGAUCGCUUCUCUGGCUCCAAGUCUGGCAACUCAGUCACCCUGACCAUUGCUGGGCUUCAGUCUGAGGAUGAGGCUGAUUAUUACUGUCAUUCCUAUGAUAAUGGCCUUGAUGGAGAUGUGAGGGGAUCAGGUGCAAUACAGAUAAAAUAUUAA